AUGAGCGAGGUGGUGGUGGUGGUGGUGGAGGUGGUGGCCGUGGUGAUGGAGGAGAUGGUGGCGGGCCGGGCCGUGCUCGCUUCCCGCGGCGCGACCCUCAGUUUGUGGCUCCACUGUGCCUCAUUCACACGCGUCAGACCCGCUCCCUCCGCCGCAGACCUUGCCGUCACACAGAGUCCGCCUCCCCGGCCAGCGAGACAGCUCCGCGAUCUCAUCCGGAAUUCUUUGCUCCCUCACUCACGUGAUCAAAACAAGUGUCAACAGGUGUCUGCCGCGUCCGUCCCUGUUCUGCGUGAAGCACGUGCCUUGUGUCCCGUCCACACGUUCUCUCUCAAGUGCCAGUGCAGUGCCUUUUCCACACGUGCCUUCCUCGCUUGUGCCGCUGCUUCGCCGACGCGACCCACAGGUGCGCUUAGUGUCAAGAUCCCGCCAGCGCUCUCGGCAUUACGUGGCGCCUGCCCGCGGCGACUUCAAGUGUACAGGUGCCUCGUGCUUUGUGCGACUUUACGAGUGCGUAGGCGAGGGCGAAGGGGCAGCGAAGGCGCCAUGGAAGAUCACGGAAGGAUGUGCACCUGCUGGUUCUGCCGCAACAAGAGCCUGUCCAUCAACACCAACACCAGCUCCUCGAGUAAUCGACAGUGAUGGCGAAUUUCUACUGAUCGAGGCAGCGAACCACCUCCCGUCGUGGGUUAAUCCCGAUUCAGCUGAACAAAGGGUG